AUUAAAAAUUCUCACAUAUGUACUACAAAUGAGAAAGCGAGUAAUUUUAUUAACAUGAAUCAUGGAUUAGGUGAAAUGGUUGUUCAUCAAGAGGAAUAUCAUUUAAUAGAAGCUAUGCUUCGUAGUAACACCAAAAUCGAUUCUUCAUCUUCCUAUUGGUGGAUUCCGUCAAAAGAAACCGCUAAAACUUCUUUUGAUGAACUGACUACUCACAACAGGCUGAUCCGUUAA